AAUUAAAAGUUGCCGAAAAGGGAAAGAUACAUUUUCUUUAAACGAACUAAAAAGGAGUUAAUCUUGUGGUUUUAAACAUGUCAGGUAUAAACUUGAAAACUAAGAGUUGCCAAAAAGGGAAAGGGUUGUUCUUUUGAAACGGACUAAAAAUGAAGUAAGAUAAACAAAUUGAAACUGAGUGAGUAGUUGAUUUUAUAUAGCAAGGGUCUUUCGGAGACAACCUAGUUUAAUAGUGAGUUUAUUAUUUUUGUAUGUACAUAUUUAAUUUAUUAUCUAGCUGUGUAUUAUCCGAUUUUGUUGUUUAUUUGUAUGUUUUUUUGUGGUUAUAAUGUUAUCUGUCCUGAGUCGGGGGUCUAUCGGAAACGCCCUCUCUACUUAAUCUGAGGUAGUGGUAUGAGCUGCAUACACUUUACCCUCCCUAGACCCCACUUGAUGGGAAUACACUGGGUUGUUUAGUCUAUAGUGGAUAUGGAGGAGACGGGGCAGCUUAAACGGGCAUUCAUAGAUGCCACAGCGGGGGCAAUAUCUGGUGGUAUAUCGAGGACUGUAACAUCGCCUCUUGAUGUAAUCAAGAUCAGAUUUCAGGUCCAACUGGAACCCACUAGUCAGUGGUCCGUGCCUCGUAGAGAUGUGCAUGGAAAUUCUAAAUACACAGGGAUGCUGCAAGCUACUAAGAACAUACUCAGGGAAGAAGGCUUAAAGGGCUUCUGGCGGGGUAAUGCUCCAGCUUUGCUGAUGGUUAUGCCAUAUACUGCCAUACAAUUCACAGUAUUGCGCCAAUUGAAAACUUGUGCUGCUGGCUCUUCAAAAUCAGAAGAUCACAUGAACUUGAGCCCUCAUAUUUCUUAUAUCAGUGGAGCAUUAGCAGGAUGUGCAGCUACAGUUGGUUCAUAUCCGUUUGAUCUCUUGAGAACCAUUCUAGCCUCCCAAGGGGAGCCGAAGGUUUAUCGAAACAUGAGGUCUGCAUUUGUUGACAUAUUCAAAACUCGGGGCAUUCCAGGACUCUAUGCUGGAUUGACACCAACACUAGUCACGAUUGUUCCUUAUGCUGGCUUGCAGUUCGGAACUUAUGAUACAUUCAAACGCUGGAUGAAAGCCUGGAAUCAUCGUAGAUUUUCUGAUUCGAGCCAAGGUAAUGAAUCAAUUUCAAGCUUCCAACUUUUCAUCUGCGGUUUAGCUGCCGGAACAUGUGCUAAAGCUGUCUGUCAUCCUCUUGACGUGGUUAAAAAGAGGUUCCAGAUUGAAGGACUGCAGAGGCAUCCAAGAUACGGGGCUCGACUCGAGCCUCGUGCGUAUAGAAACAUGUACGAUGGUCUCCGCCGGAUCUUGCUCGAAGAAGGUUGGUCUGGACUUUAUAAAGGGAUCGUCCCGUCGAUUGUUAAAGCAGCACCUGCUGGUGCUGUAACAUUUGUUGCCUAUGAGUAUACAUCAGACUGGUUGGAGUCCAUUUUGACUUAAAAAGAUGCUCUAUUGGUCUUCUUUUCUUCCCUAUUGGUACUGACCGUUGUUCAGACUCUCCAAAAAUGCUACUGUAACCGUGUCGGAUUCUCCAAAAAUGCAUUACUUUUAGAUGA